CGCUGAUCACCGGGAAAUGCAAUUGCCGGUUCUCGGCUGCACUUUCCUCACACUGUCACAGCAUGAGGAAAGUGCUGCCGAGAACCGGCAGUUGUCAGAGCAGGGAUCGACACCGAUCAUCAGGGCACUGAUAAUCAGUGCCCUGAUGAUUGGUGCUCAGCAAUGCCACCCACCAGUUCCACCACAACAGUGCCCACCCACCUGUUCCCAUCAGUGCCGCCAGUCAGUUCCCAGCAGUUGCGCCAGUUAGUGCCGACUAUCAGUACCCAUCAUCAGUGCCAGCUCAUCAGUGC